AGCACCACAGUUCGACUUCAUGCCAAAACAUGCUCGAAGACCACAACAUGAAACACUAACAACGUUUUGUAAGUUAUCUACCGACAAAAAUUCGAAUGCUGGGUCUUGAACUAAGUCUAUUGACCUAUUAUUCAUAGCUCUUAAGUACAUUUUGUCUCCUUGCAAUAGACAUAAUUUAAAGUUGUUUUUGACCAAUCUACCAAAUUUUUAAGUUCCCGAGCGCACCUACAUCACAGCAUUGCUUCGACACCUCUCGAACUACACUGUCUACACGCACCUACUCGCGUGGCGUCCUCUCUUUUGAAGGGGCUGCUAGGACGACCCUAAUUUCCCAAUAUAUCAUAUUUCAUCUAUAUAUUUAAUAAUGAAACAGCACGACACCGUCUUGUGACUGAUGUGCAGGAGCGUAUUUAAAAGCUGAAUACGAGGUUGGAUUUUAUUCUUGGAGUUAAUUCAAUUCCUGGUAUAAUUCAAUUGUGCAGUGAUGGCGAAACAAACUUUUUUUUUAAUGCUGUCCGUCCUGCUGGUCAUUUCUUUUUUGUCUUCAACAUUUGCAAAGGAAUACAAAGCUGCUGCAUUUGAACAUCAACCAUAUUUUGUGACACAUAUUAAACCUCCCAGCAGAGCAGAAGCAUUGGUUAUAAUGAGACGAAAUACAGCAGUAUACAGCGAACAAGCAAGGGAAGCUUUCAAACAAGGGGCUCAGAUAAUUGUAUUUCCAGAAGACGGGAUUUAUGGCAUAGACCACGGACGAGACACUAUAAAACCCUACUUAGAACCUAUUCCCGAAGUUUCAAAUGUUUCAUCCAUCAAUCCAUGCAUUGACCCUCAACCUAACACCGAUAUUCUGAACGAAUUGAGUUGUAUAGCGAGGAAUAAUUCCAUUGCUCUAGUAGCUAAUAUGGGAGAUAUCCAACAAUGUAGCAAAAGCGAUCCUAAUUGCCCGAAAGACGGAAGGUAUCAGUACAAUACUGAUGUCGUAUUUGACAGGAAUGGCAGGUUGCUUGCUAAAUAUCACAAGCAACAUCUGUAUUUUGAAAAAGCUUUCAAUACUCCAACUAAAUGCGAAUUUGUCACAUUUGUCACGUUAUUUCAGGUACGUUUUGGCGUGUUCACGUGUUUUGACAUGUUGUUCAAAGACCCUGCAAUUGAUCUUGUGCAAACCUAUGGUAUACAAAAUAUUGUUUUCCCCACAGCUUGGUCCCACGGAUUUCCUACUCUUAUUUCCAUUGAGUUUCAACAAGCCUGGUCGCGUGUGAAUUGCGUGAAUCUCAUCGCAGCGGACCUGUAUAUUCCAGACUCUGAAUUCGGUACUGGAAGUGGAAUAUACGAUUGUGGGGAGCCAAAGAUAUACAUAUUCAACCAAAAACUGAUUAAAAAACGUUUGCUUGUAGCUACACUAAAUGGAAACAGAAAUUCAUUAAAUGGUAUUCGUGGUCGCCAAGCAAAACUGUAUCGGCGUGAUAAUACAGCGUCUGACUUAGAUGAUACAUUUACGGCAAAAAAUAUUGAGAAGUUCCCAAUGAAGCAAUAUAAGAAUGUAGAUACAUUUAAAGGAAACGUUUCGGGAAAUAUGUUCACAAUGAGCAAGCUAGUUUCUUCAGAAAGUGAAAUAUCAUUGUGUGGUGACCAUUUGUGCUGUCAUCUUAACUAUGCUCUACCCAAGGGAAAAGAGUUCACAGAAAGUUUUGCCUUGGGGGCUUUUUUGGGCGAAAGUAGUAAUGGGUUCUAUUGGGAGGUGUGUUUACUCCUGAAAUGUUUCUCAAGUGAAGAAAGCUCAUGCGGCAGGGCUGUCAUGGAUUCUGAAACAGUAUUUGAAUCAUUCACCAUGACAGGCAACUUUUCUAGUAAUGCUUUGGUUUUCCCAACAGUUUUGGGAAAUGGUUUUUCUCUACUUUCCACAAAUGAAAUAAAAUUUCAAGAAAAUAGUAUUUCAGGUGAUGCAUUAGAGCAGCCGUUGUUGACAGCGGCUCUCGUUGGCAGAGUGUUUUCCAAGGACCCACAACCACACGAUCGAUCGUAAAGAAUACGUCUUUGCAAUGGUAUAAUUCGAUGACUGAAAUUUAAAACGUUGCUAAGAAAACAUUCCAAUGAAAUUUGCCUGUUAAUUAAUAAAAAGUAAAUCAUAGUUACUGCAUAUCAUUCAUGCAUGGUUAUUGGUUAUUUUUGUUUCCCAAGAGUUUCCGAUAUUCAUCCAUUCCCAGAUAUUAGCCGUCUCUCUAUUCACAGUUAAGCUCCAGAGUAUCAACACGACAUAGAGAGUGUGAACGUGAACUCUCUCGAAACCACCGGCAAAAACUAUUACAUUCGUUUUAACUUGUAAGCGAUCCCGAAAUAUGAAAAUGGAUGCCAGUAACAUUAACGGUAAUGCUAGACUUUUCCUACAAAUAUUUUACUACACUCUACAAUGGCUUAAAAUGCCCCAAAGCAUGUAUUCUUGUAUAAUUCCUUAUGAUUUUGUGUGAAAAAGCGGCGAUGUUCGUCGAAACGAAGCGAAGAUGCACGUAGAAUUGUGUUCAUUGUAAAAUACUUAUAUAUUUUUACUGCCGUGGUAAAG